UUCCUUUUCCUUUUUCUUCUUUUCCUCCUUUUCUUUAAUCGCGCACCCUUCUCCCUUAUUACUUUCUCUCUCACAACCGCCCGCUCCUCGGCUCGUCUUCGAUCUGUCGGCGCUUCAUCUUGCGCACCGCCCUCCCAUCGAUCUCGCGCAUAAGCCGGUCUUCCGUUGUGGAGGAUCAUCCACGGAGUUGUGACUUGGUUCCGCGUGCAGCCUGAUCGUUUUGAGUUUCUUUCCAGGGGAAUUGGCCAAUUUGGUUUUUAUCAGUCAUCUUCCUCCGAGUGGUUUUCUCUCUCUCGUAAUUGGUUGGUAAAUAUGUCAGGGCCACUGGACCGGUUCGCUAGGCCUUGUUUUGAGGGUUUUUCAAGUCAUGAUGAGCGAAAGGAGCGCAAAUCAGAUAUUGAAAAUUCAGAAGAUGAAAGAAGGACAAGAAUUGGGUCGCUGAAGAAAAAAGCUUUGGAUGCAUCUAGUAGAUUUAAGCAUUCUUUGAAGAAAAGGAAUAGGAGGAAGAGCGACAGAAGAGUUGUUUCUAUUGAGGAUAUUAGAAAUAUCGAGGAGCUAGAGGCUGUUGAUGCUUUUCGCCAAUCAUUAAUUUUAGAUGAAUUGUUGAUAGCUAAGCAUGAUGACUAUCAUAUGAUGUUGAGAUUUCUUAAAGCAAGGAAAUUUGAUAUAGAGAAAGCAAAGCACAUGUGGGCUGAAAUGCUUCAGUGGAGAAAGGAGUUUUGUGCAGACACAGUUAUAGAGGACUUUGAAUAUUCCGAACUAAAUGAAGUUCUGAAGUAUUAUCCGCAUGGUUACCAUGGGGUGGAUAAGGAGGGAAGACCAGUUUAUAUUGAAAGGCUUGGGAAAGUUGAUCCUAACAAAUUAAUGCAGGUGACCACAAUGGAGCGAUAUGUCAGAUAUCAUGUGAAGGAGUUUGAGAAGAGCUUUGCAAUUAAAUUCCCAGCUUGUUCACUUGCUGCAAAAAGACAUAUUGAUUCAAGUACAACUAUUCUUGAUGUUCAAGGAGUGGGAUUGAAGAACUUCAGCAAAACUGCUAGAGAAUUAAUUCAGAGAUUACAGAAAAUUGACAGUGAUAAUUACCCUGAGACCCUGCAUCGUAUGUUUAUUGUCAAUGCUGGCCCAGGAUUUAGGCUACUAUGGAAUACUGUGAAAUCCUUUCUUGACCCAAGAACUACUACAAAAAUUCAUGUUCUUGGAACGAAGUACCAGAAUAAGCUCCUGGAGAUAAUUGAGCCCAGUGAGCUGCCAGAGUUCCUUGGUGGUUCUUGCAAUUGUUUAGAGCAUGGAGGAUGCUUACAAGCUGAGAAAGGUCCUUGGAAGGAGCCCAAUAUACUGAAGAUGGUGCUUAGUGGUGAAGCACAAUGUGUCAGGCAAAUUGUAACUGUUUCCAAUGGUGUGGGAAAGAUCAUUGCCUAUGCAAAGCCACCCUACCCAACAAUAAAAGGCAGUGAUACAUCUACUGCUGAAUCUGGUUCAGAAGCUGAAGACAUCACUUCUCCAAAAGCACCAAGGAAUUAUCUGUCAAAUCCUCGCUUGACCCCAGUACAUGAAGAGGCCAAAAUGAUGAAGACAACUAGUUUCUCUUCUGGUUUUCAAGAGUAUGAUGAACAGGUUCCCAUAGUGGACAAGGCUGUUGAUGGUGGAUCCAAGAAAGAAAUUUCUAGCAGAAGGCUUUAUGCGCCUAAAGGAGAAUGCUCCAUCCCUGAAAUCCCUGAGUCUUCUGAAGGAGUCAAAGUUCGAAUGACUCAAUUCGUCAUCACUCUCAUUGCCUUUGUUUUUACAAUGAUUUGUUCAGUGACCAAUUAUAUGUCGAAGAGGUUCCAGAAUGAAGUUUCUCAAACAGAUGGGCAAAAUAUUCUGCCAUCUGUUGACACUAUCACUGAAGAAGAAUUCCGUCCUCCUUCCCCUGCCCCUGCAUUUACAGAGGCAGACCUCCUUUCCUGCGUUAUGAGGAGGUUAGGAGAGCUAGAAGAAAAAGUGAAUGUUCUUCAAGCAAAGCCAUUUGAAAUGCCCUCAGAGAAAGAUGAGUUGCUCAAUGCAGCUGUUUGUCGAGUGGAUGCACUUGAGGCUGAGCUUAUUGUCACUAAAAAGGCACUGCAUGAGGCUCUCAUGAGGCAGGAUGAACUUCUUGCAUACAUCGACCGUCAAGAAGAGGCAAAGAUGCAGAAGAAGAGAUUUUGCUUUUGAGGCGAGAGUCCAAUUAUAGCUUUCAAUGCACAAACCCUGUUGUUGCUGCGGUUAAAUGGUAUUUAGAUAUUUCUUUUAAUGAGUUGUUAAAAAAGCACAUUGGCUUCCCUGACAUUAAAAAUUUAAAACUUUGACCAUGAAGCAUACGAAGUAAAUAUCUGUUCGGUUUACGUUAAUUUUUUUUAUCAUCGAUUCAGUUUGCAUUUGUCCAAGCUGUAUGGUGGAACCAGAUACAAAGCACAUUUCCACUAUCGUAAAUAAACAAAUAUUAUGUUCUUAUUAGUUCAAUCUAUUCGCUGUCAA